CUUGUUUGGUAACAGAGAGAGGCUAUGCAAAUAAAAUAUUACUUGCAUGGCUGUGGUUUUAAGGAACAGCAAAAUCAAACCCUGGCGUGAGCAGAAUUCAUACAAAGGCAGACUGGGGUUGAAAAUGUUGCAAUGAAGAAUGUAGAAUGAGAUGAGAUCACAGCAUCAGUCUCUCCUUUGUGGACGUGGACAAUGAUCACAGAGCCAGAUGGGAUUAGUGAAACCUAUUUACCAGAAGUUCAGAGCAGUUGCAUGAAGCCGAUAGGCAGCCAGGAGGGAGAGGUGAAAAAUGCACCAGAUUUACAGUUGCAGUGAUGAAAAUUUAGAAGUCUUCACUGUGAUUUCUUCCAAAUCAUGUAGCCCAGUCAGAAGAAAAGCCAAAAGUACUCAAUGCAUCCUGCCGAAAAAGGUGGUAGCAGUGUCUGACUAUCAUAUUCAGGGGACAGAGGAGCUGCUGUCACACCAAGGCGAUCUCAUUCAAGUCUUCUGCAAAGAUGAAGAAGGGCAGGGAUUCAGUCAUGUGCAGAACAGGCAGCAAGGAUUCUUCCCUAGUCCCUCCAAAUGUUCUGCAAGACACACCGGAAUUUCUAAACAAAGGUCAUUCUUCUAUAGCAGUAGCCUGGCAGAUGCAAAGACUUUGCAGCAUCAGGGACCCCCAGUCUCCCAUCACAAUGCAAGAUGGAUUGCAGCCGCAGAACCAGCCAUGAGGGAUAGUGUAUUUGCAGACGAGCGCAGAAGGUCCUUGCAGAAAAAUACUGAAGAUGACAUAAGCCCAACUCAAGGAACAGAGGAGGCCUCUUUACCUCUAACGGGCGGCAUUUUGCAUGGAACACCCAGCCUCCUGCGGAAAAUAUGGAUGAAACAUAAAAAGAAGUCAGAAUAUUUGGGGGCCACAAACAAUGCCUUUGAGGCAGACUGACAACCCUCAGCCUUGCUUGUGCAAGCAGAGGUUUCUUCAACGAAGUACAGAACGCUGUCACAUUUACCUGAUAACGGGUGUAGUGUGGCACACACUUAU